CUUGGAACCGAAGCCGAACUCCACCUCCCAGUUCACCUCUAUACCUCUCUCCCCGCUGCAGCUCGUCCGCCACCAAAUCUCUCUCCGUUCUCCUCCGCCCCACGAACCCCCAGCCGAGCCGGCGGCCGCGAUGGAGUGCGUCAUCGGCGUGGUCGGCCGCGACUUCGCGGUGGUGGCGGCGGACACGUCCGCCGUGCAGAGCAUCCUCGUGCACAAGACGGACGAGGACAAGAUCAUGGUCCUCGACUCCCACAAGCUCAUGGGCGCCUCCGGGGAGCCCGGCGACCGCGUGCAGUUCACCGAGUUCAUCCAGAAGAACCUCCACCUCCACCAGUUCCGCAACAACGUGUCGCUCAGCACCGCCGCCACCGCCAACUUCACCCGCGGCGAGCUCGCCACCGCCCUGCGCAAGAAUCCCUACUCUGUAAACAUCAUACUUGCAGGGUUUGAUGAAGAUGUUGGUGCAUCCAUGUACUAUAUCGACUACAUCGCAACACUACACAAAAUUGACAAGGGUGCAUUUGGCUACGGUUCGUACUUCUGUCUGUCACUGAUGGACAAGUUUUACCGCCCUGACAUGACCGUCGAGGAGGCGGUAGACCUUGUUGACAAGUGCAUCAAGGAGAUCAGACUCCGAUUGGUCGUUGCACCCCAGAAUUUCGCGAUCAAGAUCGUGGACAGGGAUGGUGCCAGGGACUACGCGAGGCGUGAAAUUGUAGGCGACAUUCCUCCAGCUGAAGCUGCAGCCGCAGCAGUGAACGCCUGAGGUGAUUGCCCCUGUCGGUGAUCAUUUGGAUGGAGGCUGAACCUUCCUGAUAAUUGUUUCCGCGUACUGUCACAAUGUAAUCGCAAUACGUUUGGAUUUGAGAACUGUGUUGCAAAUUCUCUCAGACAAUGACUAGUCUGUUUAUGCCCAUUACUGCAUCGUUA